AUGGUCGUGACUGAUAAUGGCAUCACCUUCACCUUGGGAGAGUUCAAAGAGUUCCUGCACCCGAACCUCACAAUGCGGCUGGACCACCUGCACCCGGACCGAGCCCCGGAGUUGUGCCAAAAUCUGGGGUGCUUGCUGUGGGGAAGCCGGGUGGUCAUCCCCUCGCCUUUAAGGGAACGGGUACUCACCGCCCUGCACGAGACACACCCCGGGGUGGUGCGGAUGAAAGCCCUGGCCAGGAGCUACGUGUGGUGGCCGGGACUGGACGCCGACAUUGAAGGAGUAGUCAAGAGGUGCCAGCCAUGCCAAGCCUCGCGGCCGGAACCACCCCGAGCGCCCGAGAGGGCCUGGGAAUCCUCCCACCGUCCCUGGUCCCGCCUCCAUCUGGACUUUGCGGGGCCCUUCCAGGGCAAGCUGUUCUUCAUCCUGGUGGACGCAUACAGCAAGUGGCUGGAAGUGGUCCCCGUGCCCUCCACAUCCUCGCAGGCCGCAAUCCGGGCCAUGUGGAGGAUCUUCAGCGGCCAAGGGAUCCCCGACACGCUGGUCACGGACAAUGGAACCGCGUUCACCUCGGCCGAGUUCCAGGCUUUCACCAGGUACUACGGGAUCCGCCACGUCCGAUCCGCCCCGUUCCACCCUGCCACGAAUGGCCAGGCGGAGCGCAUGGUGCGCACCACAAAGGACGCACUUCGC